CUUUGUUGACGGGCACUUGGUAUGAGGGCCCUCCAUCGCCGCCUCGUUGCCCUAACACAACAGGUCGCGCUGUGAUUGGUCUGAAGUGGGUCAAUGAGAGGCCGCUUUGCUGAAAGUGGCCGAGGAAGUAAGAUGGCGAUGGCGGUGAGGGCAAGUGUCAGAGCGGCCGGAGAUCGGAGGCUGAGGGUACCGGCUAGAGCUGCCCUGCUGUUGACUUCAUCUGCUGUCAACAGAAUUAAAAGUCUUCUGCAACACAGACCAGAAUGUGUUGGCUUGAAAGUUGGAGUCCGCACUCGUGGCUGCAGUGGUCUCUCAUAUGUGAUAGAUUACGCAACAGGGAAGGGGAAGUUUGAUGAAGAAGUUAAUCAGGAUGGUGUACGUGUGUUCAUUGAUCAGAAGGCACAGUUAACUCUGCUAGGAACAGAGAUGGAUUUUAUUGAAACAAAAGUUUCCAGUGAAUUUGUUUUCAAUAACCCAAAUAUUAAAGGAACAUGUGGAUGUGGUGAAAGCUUUACUAUUUAAAUAUUUAGAAAAAAUAUAAAUGUUUAUGUAUAUAAAAUUAAAGGUAUAAAUAGUGUGUCACCAUAUAGAUGAGCUUUGAAAUUUUCUCAAACUCAUUUAAAUAUACUGUACAUGGAUUCCUAGAGAGGAAAACAAUGUCUGAGAACACCAAAGGGAACUUAAAACCUGUGAUAUUUAAAUCCGUCGCUUAGUUGCAGCUUGUCACCUAUGUCUGCAUCAAUACUUAAAGCCCUUUCGAAGACUAGUAUAGAAUUGUCUUUUGUAUAUUCAUGAAACUUGUAGUUAGAAUCUUAUACUGUGGGUAUUCAAUUUAUAUACCUGCAGGGAAAAAAAGUUAUCAACUCAAAUUUUUCCCAAUCCUGUCCUUUUGUAUAAACAUUUAAUACUAUUACCUUGCUGAAUCACGCACAGUUCUUUGGUGGUGGUAAUGUGUAUAAAACUUCGACUUCUAGGAUUUAACAUUCUUACGGAUGGUGGAAGUGGGCUAAUUGGUCAAACUUUAAAUAAAACAUGCAUUAUAGUUGUAAAUUAGGUGGUAGGUGAAUCCUCCCUUAAUUCACAGUUGGACAGUUAUAAACUUUUCUCAUUGGGUUAAAAUUUUUAACUGAAGCCAUAUGCCCAGACUCAAGUCAAGGUAUGAAUGUGUUAAUUUUCAGACUUGCCUGAAUCAGCAAAUAAAUUGAGACUUAACUGUAUUCUGGCAAUUUACUGACUUGUGGAUAUAAGUGUGUAUUCUUGGUGGAUGACUUGUUUCCAUAACAAAUGGCUAAUUGUUUAAUGCAUUUUCACAAAUGUGCUAAUUAAUCAGCAUGCUAAAAGAAUGACUAAAGUUAAUCCCACAUUCUUGUAAUUUAAAAUUUCAGGCAUUUACUUGGACUUGCAAGAAGAUACAAGUUUGAAAUUAAUUUGCUGUAUGUGUUAGCAGUUUCCAAGAUAGCACCCUAAAGUAUAUUCUUAUGAUGUGCAUCUGUACUCUAGCAAGAGAAAAUGAGAUUGGAAAUUAAACAAAGUUUCUUUGCCUCA